CUCCUCCUCGGCUCUAGUAGGAGCUCACAGCCGCGUCUCUCUCCGGUCUGGUUCUCGCGGCUCUCUGAGGUUUAUUCUGCGGCGUUUGGAGCUGAUUAAAACCAACAGGAGGAAGCUUUCUCUACCGUCAUGCAGAAGGUGGAAGGACGGGUGACGCCGGUUAACCUGCCGUCAUCCAGAGGACCGAGCACGCCGGGGUCUCCUGCUACAGCCAUCAUGGCGCGAGUGAACGACCAGGUUGUGGGCUACAGAGACCUGGCAGCUCUGCCCAGAGAUAAAGCCAUCCUUCAGGUGGAGAGACCCGACCUGAUGACCUACCAACCCCACCUCACCUUCUCCCCCCUCGACCCGCCACGCAGACAAAGGUCUCUGUCUCCUCCGGCCUCGUCUCCCACCAUGUCUCCUGAGGUGAAAGCUCGGAGAGCAGAGAGCGACAGCGGCUCACCUGGAGGAUCGACGCUGCAACUGCAGGCUGGACGUAAGAUCAGCAACAGCCAGCAGCACUUCCACAGACCAGAUAACGGAGCCAACAUCUACAGGAAACCUCCCAUCUACAAACACGAUGUAAACAAACAUGUAGAAGGAGUCAUUCAGUCUGCAAAGUUUCCAGCCGCUCAGCCUCCAGAUCCAAAUCUGCCGUCCAAGAUCGAGACCGAGUACUGGCCCUGCCCCCCCUCACUGGCUGCCAUGGAGAUCGAGUGGAGGAAGAAGAAGGAGCUGCAGGAGGAGGACGAGUUUGAAGACCUGACAGAAGAAGCAGAGCUUCUGCAGGAACAAGCUCUGGAGAAGAUUAAGUCCAACCUGGGCCGCCUCAUCCUGAAGGAGGAGAAGGAGAAGGCCGUUCAUUUCCGGAGGAAGACACAGUCUCUGCCGGACAGAACGCACAUGCACACGAGUCUGUCAGCCAGUGCAUCAAAGUCUCCUUCACACUCAGGACCGGGUUUGACCAGAAUGCAGUCUGCAGAGUUUUCCACAGAGGCAGAGAAAGGACAAGCAGAACGGAGAUGCUCGAGGGAGAGGAUGGACAGAGGAAACUCUCUGCCCAGUAUUCUGGAGCAGAAGAUUUAUCCCUAUGAAGCGCUGAUUGUGACCCACAGAGGGCGCUGUAAGCUCCCACCAGGAGUGGACCGCACUCGACUGGAGAGGCAUCUGUCUCUGGAUCAGUUCCAGGAGAUCUUCGAGAUGCCGAUAGCCGAGUUCGAUCGUCUCUCGUUGUGGAGACGAAAUGAGCUGAAGAAGAAAGCUUCACUUUUCUAACAGGAAGUGACCUCAUCCCAAAAAUACUUGAUGACCCGCCUACUCUGAGAGGAGGAGGAGCCAUGAACACACACACACACACACACACACACACACACACACACACACACACACACACACACACACACACACACACACACACACACACUACCUGUGCUGCACUUAUAAUCACUGCUAGCGAACCUUCAUCAUCGUCUUCUCUCCGUUUUGUUCUCCAGAGGUUUCUGGUGUCAUGAAGCCGGUUCACUUUUUAACUUUGUUACCGUGGUUACUGCCACUACUGACCAAUCAGAUCACUGGUUCCUACAGGAGCCUGACAGGGACAAAAGUCACAUCCUUUAAUAUAACGUGGCAUUUUUAAUGAACCAGAACAAUAACUGCCAUGAAAGGACGGAUGAUAUCAGAUUAAAGAGAGGAGGACGAGGCCUAAUAAUAACAGAAACAUUGAUCACUGAAAGGUUUGAGCUUUAAAGUGAUCAGAAUCAGUCGUUUUAUUCCUGAUGCGUCAGCAGAUUCUUCUAGUUGUUUUUUUUUAAACUGUUUAUAUUUUACCAAGCUGAACGUUAAAUGUUCUUCAUUUCAUCUCAUUUAAUAAAUCAAUACUCUUUAUUGAUCAAUAACUCUUCCUCUUCAAUAACCGGCUUCAUGACAUCAUUCAGUCCUCUGAUGAUCAAUCAUUCAUGUGUUCAUCGGAUUGUAAAUCUAUUUAUUUAUUUAAAGAUUGUACUUUUUACUGUGAACUCUUAUUUUGAAAAUAUUAUUUCUGCUGGUCAGUUUUUUUAUCUCGUUUUCAAACUUAACUUCAUCUUAAAGGAGCAGUACGCACUAAUCAAUAGCUAGAAAACGUCUGUCGCAUCUUCACCUUCCUCCUCUUCUUCUCCUCCUCUUCUCCUUCAUCUUCUCCUCUUCUCCUCCUCCUCCUCUUCUCCUUCAUCUUCUCCUCUUCUUCUUCUCCUCCUCCUCUUCAUCUUCUCCUCUUCUUCUUCUUCUCCUCCUCCUCCUCUUCUCCUUCAUCUUCUCUUCUUCUUCUCCUCCUCUUCUCCUCCUCCUCCUCUUCUCCUUCAUCUUCUCCUCUUCUUCUUCUCCUCCUCCUCUUCAUCUUCUCCUCUUCUUCUUCUUCUCCUCCUCUUCUCCUCCUCCUCCUCUUCUCCUUCAUCUUCUCCUCUUCUUCUCCUCCUCUUCCUCCCCUCCUCCUUCAUACUUUCCUCUUCUCCUCCUCCUCCUCUUCUCCUUCAUCUUCUCCUCUUCUUCUUCUCCUCCUCUUCUCCUCCUCCUCCUCCUCUUCAUCUUCUCCUUCUUCUCCUCCUCUUCUCCUUCAUCUUCUCCUCCUCUUCCUCCCCUCCUCCUUCAUACUUUCCUCUUCUCCUCCUCCUCCUCCUCUUCUCCUCCUUCAUCUUCUCCUCCUCCUCAUCUGGUCCUCAUGAUUUUGUCGUACAAUGUAAACAAGUGAAAUAAAUCUGAGAAAACAGAUUUCUGUUUAUUGUCC